UUUGGUUUUCUUACACAGCACAAUUUGUCUGGCUAAAAAUGUUUGAUAUCACACAAAGAGGAAUAAAGGUAGCAGCCCUCGCCUCCAGUGUCAUACAAUGAGCAGCAGAUCUGAUCUACCUCAACUGACUGUUCCCUGUGAAUAGUUUUGGCAUUGGCUGAAAAUAGUACUGAGGGUAACUUGCAUUGACCAUGUGAUGACACUUUGAGUUGCAAAAUUACUUUCAGAUAACUUGCAGUGAAAAAGUAAAAAUAGCACAGUACAUUAGACUCAUCUGUGUGGAAUGUAUAUCUGCCAAAAUAGGGCUCCUUAAUAUUUACAGUUUGUCUAGGCAGAACAACCUGUCAUGCUACACUCUGUUUCACUUUUAGGCAAACAAUUUGCACUGAUAAUGUUGCAGGCUGUGCUGUUUCCAAAUGUACAGCAAACAUAAGAGAAGCGCUAAUUUAACCAUGCUCUUCCUAGCAAAUACCAUGCCUGUGAAAUGUCAUUAGUGAGCUCAGACAGAGCUGGGAGCAUUCACUCUCCCUCUACAAGUAUGGCAACAUCCGCGCAAUACAGACAGCUUAUAAAUGACUACGGACCCCCAUCUCUAGGCUACACACAAGGGAUGCAGGGGACCAGCAGCAGCCAAGUACCACAAAGCAAAUAUGCAGAACUUCUAGCUAUCAUAGAAGAACUAGGAAAAGAGAUUAGGCCCACGUACGCUGGGAGUAAAAGCGCGAUGGAAAGGCUAAAAAGAGGCAUUAUCCAUGCCAGAGGAUUAGUUCGGGAAUGCCUGGCUGAGACGGAACGAAAUGCAAGAUCCUAGCCCACUCAUUCCAUUUCUGAAUGAAGAAAAAUAACACUUAUUCCUUUUGACUCUUGAAACAUUCAGACAAAUUCCUUUAUUUUGAAUGUUUUGCCUUUCUUGUUUCACCCUUACGAAAAAUGUAUAGUUAAGAAUGAGAAAACAAGGAUUUUUUUCAACUUCCUGAGGGUUUGCAUUUUGUAAAGACAUUAAAACUCCCUCCAAAAUGUUUCUAAAACAUUAAAACUGAACUGCAUGCAGAGGAAUGCUCUUUCUCUCCCAGGCUCUAUUUCAGUUCUCUUCUUAUCCAGCCACAGUCUCAUUCUGGUUUUUGGUUUUUUCCUUUGCCUGUAUUCACUUAACCCCAAACUGUCAGUCUUCCACAGUCUGACAUAAGCUCUGAGGAUUUUGUUUAAUGAAUGCAGAAUAGCAUGCUGUCCCCUGUAGUCUGCUAAGUCACACUUUGUCAUACAGCAUAGACCCUGCUUAGAAAUAACCUUCCCCUUCUCUUACUUUCCCUUUUUUGUUCGUUUUGCAUAAACAUUUGCAUGACUGUUAGUGCUUUGAAGUCCAUUUAAAGUGCAUGAGUUAUAUGGAAAAUAGGGAAACCUAUUAAAUAAUAACAAGGUCCUGGAAAGCUAAUUUCUACAUUAAGGCUGGAGAUUUCAGUUUAAAGUUUGCCAAAAAAAAAAAAAAGAAAAUUCUGGAUAAAUUACUAAAACUGUUAUUUGCAUCUUUGUAUGUAUUUAUUACUUGACGUAAUAAAGCUUAUUUUCAUUAA